AUGUGCCACAGGUGGCAUGUUGCAGCCUUCACCGUGGUCCAGGCUGCCUUGACGCCGUUUCCAGAAGACCCGACUUUUCAAGGUGUGCGUCGCUUCCAAGAGGAGAUUUACAUCCCGGAGGCUGCUGUCGAAGACAUCGGGAACCACUGUUCCAGCCUGGACGGACAGUGCAGACUCCUUCGACCGCUCACCCAGGACAUACCGGAUGCAGGCAUCUUCUCCUUGUUCGGUGCCCUCGACGGAGAGUUGGGGUUCUUCGUUCAGGACGAGGUGUCGGCCUACUUCGGCGAGGAAGAUCCGGCAAGGGAACGAGGGCCGCGACCUGGCAGGUGUGUGCAUGUGAGCUUCGAUCAGGUGCCUCCGUGGCAGGUAGAGCCGCCUGCGGUUCUUCAGGUCACGCCGAACUUGCAGAUGCAGCUCGAGGGGCAGUUUGCCCUGGGAGUGCCACCUGUCGCAGGCGCAGAUCGCAGGCCACAGCAGGCAAAGGUCCACUUGGAGGUGGAAGCGUCCAUCGUGUACAUACGUUUCGUGGAGCAGCCGGUCAUUGUCGAAAAGCUUUGGCUCUCGCGUGACCUACCCCUGGAUGGGCAUGCAGCAUUCCCAAUUAUUCUCCGAGGCCGUCACAAUGUUGAAGAGCACUGGUCGGUGUAUUUGCGCUAUGUGGAUUUCUUGGAGCAGUCGUGGGUCAGCCCAGCCUUGACGCCCGUGCCGAUCAGUGAGAUCGUAAUUCUGGGCGGGCAGGGCCUGCGACUCGGGUCAAUGUACCUCUCUGUGCUGGAUCGUCACCACACCGGCAACGCUACGGAUGCCAUUCAGGCACAGGGCUGGCUCAUGGCGCCAGCCCAGAAGAUGCUGUCACUCCACGACGUCCUGAUUGGGAAGCUUCCUGUUCGGACGCACUCUGCUGUGCUUUCGCUUGGCGACGUUCGGCGUGGCGCGUUGCGGCUCCGCCCUGAUCUCCUGGCGGAUCCCACGUCCGUGGCGGCUCUGGAGGUGGCUGCUCAACUACGGAGCAUGAAGGAGGCCAAGGACGCAGAGAGCCCAGUGCUCGCAGCCCCUGUGGCCCAGUUCUCGGAUGCCCGCACCACGGCUUCGGCCAUCGCGUUGCUGGACGCCCUGCUUACGGGAGCUCUCAAGUUCCCGGAGGAUAUCCCCUUGGAAGCUCUGGAGUCGGAUGCAAAUCUCUACGCCUCCGUCUACGGCGAGGUGACGCUCGAGGAGGCUGCGAAUGCCCGCAGUAUGGAUGAUCUCUACGAGCGGCUUUUCACGGCACAUCGCAUGGACAGCUUGGAUCUGCUCUUCUCGCACUUUCUCUGGGCGAACUUCACGGCAACCCUGGAAAUGCCCGGCGGAGUGAUGGCAGAGACGACCUCCAGCUUCCAGCCAGUCAACAACCGGAGCUGGCUGCCGCUGCACGAGAACAGCGAGGUAGCAACGAGAAGGCGCCUCCUCAUUGCUCACCUUCAGGAGCACACGGCCCUCUUCCUGCGGUGGCAGGAGCCCAUCGAGGGAAAGCUGGCUUUCGUAAACAGCACGGGCUCUGUGGAGGUCACCUUCCGCCUCUACGACAACCUGAGCUUGCUUGGUGUUGACUACUACAAUGCAGCCUCAGGAAAAUCCGUCCGCUUGGAUCUGGACCUCCCCGAUUCGGAGUAUUUCCUCGCCGAGCUGCUGGGUCUCGCCUCACAGCUUCUGGUGGAUGAGCAGGGCCGCCCCUUGUCGCAAGAGCUCGCCCAGGAGCAGCACGAGGCGCGGACCUACCUGGACUCCUUUGCGGCCCUGCUGAUGGAGCUGCAGCAAAACACAUCGGAGGUCUUAGAGGCUGCGCCGGAACGGCUGCCCCUUGAGGAUGACUUCCAGCUGGUGGCUGAGGAGGACGUGGAGACCUCCAAGCUGUCUCCGAACACGCCGCCCAUGCUCCUGGCGCUCGGGGUCUCCUGCUUCGUCGUAGGAACAGUCUUGCUGGCUGCGUUGGGCCCUGCCCCAGAAAGGUGGCCCUUCGCACGGCUCUGGCAAUCCCUGGGGCGGCUGGUCUCGGACCGAGACCAAACCAUAGUAGUAGUAGUAGUAGUAGUAGUAGUAGUAGUAGUAGUAGUAGUAGUAGUAGUAGUAGUAGUAGUAGUAGUAGUAGUAGUAGUAGUAGUAGUAGUAGUAGUAGUAGUAGUAGAAGUAGUAGUAGUAGCAGUAGUAGUAGUUAGUAGUAGUAGUAGUAGUAGUAGUAGUAGUAGUAGUAGUAUUAGUAGUAGUAGGUAG